GGACCAUCGAAGCAGUCUCGUGUUGUCCGUGCCUAUAAAGCUAGGUUUAAUCGACCGUGAACGUUCUUUCCCCAAAUAAUGCUCACAUUCACGUGACACGUUUUAAAGCGAAAAUUCAACAGGGACUAAAAUGUGUAAACAUAUUUAUCUGCUGGAAUACGAAACGGACAUUUAAUCCCCGUUAACGGUCAGAUAGGUGUUAGCUCCCAAGCUAAACAUCGAGUGUAAUUUGCUUUGUCUUACAACUGCUGUAUGCUAUUUGCUGUACUAUUUGUACUCAUUUCAGGUGACUAAAAAUGUUGCUUUGAACGUAGCACGGUAGGGGAGCAGGCUACUCCACGAAGAGGAACGCACCAGCCAUACUGUUGAGAGAGAGUUGAAUAAAAGAAUGGAUCAAGUUUACCAGACACACAUUGAUUACAUUGCAGCGAACGCUCCCCGUAGUUUUGAUAGCAAUGAUGCAGAAACUUUGCACUCUGGUGGGGAACGUUCGAAAUCUGAUCCAGAGCUGACGAGAAAAAGGAUUAUGCUUCGACACAUGGAGGAACACCUUUUUGAAAGGAAAGCUGCUAUUGCUCCGAAGAAGAUUAAACUGAGUGAGAAGGAACAACCAGGACCAGAUUGUGUAGCCACAACUCUCAGGGACAGAGUAACUACAUUUUUGCAGCAGCAACAAUGUCCCAGCUUUGUGUUAAAGUGCAAUAUGUUUAAGCCACCUGUUGCAAGGGAGGCUCCAUUCCGCAGAUCAGAUCAAGAAUUGCUGGAAGACCAUCACCCUCUGAAGCGACGAGUGAAAGCUCUGCUGAAUCAUAUACACGGUCGUCCCAGUGUGUUUGUAUCAAACCACCCGGUUCCUGAUCACACGGCCAUUAGACCUCUUGCUGCACAAUUAUUUCCCAGACCACCACCUAUUGCAACGCCUCCUCCCAGUUUAAGUGUUACUUCACCAGACCAGGAGGAGAGUUGCACCAACAAAGGCUUUGAGUGCUUCCUAAGCUUGCUCAACAGUGGAGUCAACAUUGAACUGCUAAGUAAGAUUGUCAACGAUGACAGCGAAGAUCUCCGUUCAGAAGACGGGUCCGUGAACAUUAAGCCCAAUGAUGUCGACACUGGCGGGGGGGAAGGGGAAUCGGCGGGGACUUCGCAAGAAGUUUCCCCGGUUCCCCAAUGGCGCCCCAUGGAUGAUUUUCCACUCAAGCAGUCUCGAGAUGACACUCUGCGCGCGACCUGGGACCAAGUGAUAUCAAUUGAUGGGCAGCUGGUUCGCCCGGGGAUAACGCGGGGUUUCCCUCACUUUGCAAUAAUUAGGGACAGAUUAUACAGAGUGAGUCGUGACACUCAGACAGGAGAGGAAAACACCCAAUUGCUGGUGCCAAAAAGCCGUCGGGUAAUGAUUUUCCAGGCGGCACAUUUCAACCCGAUGGCCGGUCACAUGGGGUAUAAUAAAACACUCAACCGGGUAAUGGCCCGUUUCUAUUGGCCACGCAUCCGGGCAGACUUGCGCCGCUGGUGCGCGGCUUGCUCGGACUGUCAACAAGUCAACCUAGCGGCCUCUAGGGCGCCUUUUCGGCCAUUGCCACUCAUAGAAGUCCCAUUUGAGCGAAUUGGCAUGGACCUCGUCGGACCAUUUCACCCGAGCACCCAGGGAUAUCGCUUUGCGCUAGUCCUGGUGGAUUACGCAACGCGCUAUCCCGAAGCAGUACCGCUGUGCUCCAUCUCUGCAAAGAGUGUCGCGCAGGCGCUGUUUCAAGUCAUCUCCCGAGUCGGAAUCCCGAAAGAGAUUCUGACUGACCAGGGCACGUCCUUUAUGUCAUGCACGAUAAAGGAGCUGUACGGAUUAUUGGGGAUCGAAUCCAUUCGGACCAGCGUUUACCACCCGCAGACUGAUGGGCUGGUAGAGCGGCUGAAUAGAACCUUGAAAUCCGUGAUCUGGAAAUUUGUACGUGAGGACACACCAAAUUGGCAUAAAUGGUUGGAUCCCCUGUUAUUUGCAGUGCGGGAGGUUCCUCAGGCCUCUUCGGGGUUUUCCCCAUUUGAACUGUUGUUUGGCAGGAAGCCACGCGGGGUGCUGGACCUAGUUAAAGAAAGCUGGGAGGAAGGUCAAAGCCCCAGUAAAAAUGAAAUUCAAUACGUCAUGGACUUGAGAGCGAAACUCCACACAUUGGGGCACUUGUCACGUGAGAAUUUGCUCCUAGCCCAAGAACGUCAGCAGCGCCUGUAUAACAGGGGGACGCAACUCAGACAAUUUUUACCGGGAGAGAACGUACUUGUAUUACUCCCAACGUCCAGCUCCAAAUUACUCGUCCAGUGGCAAGGACCCUUUGUGGUCACACGACGAGUAGGUGACGUGGAUUAUGAGGUCAGGCGGUCUGACCGAGGCGGGGUAACACAAAUAUACCACCUCAACCUCCUAAAAGGAUGGAGGGAGGUGGAGCCUGUCUCCAUGGUAACUGCGAUAGCGGAGAGCGAGGAGCUGGGUCCGGAGGUUCCCUCCUCCCCGCGGCCCUUCCCUCUCCGCUGUGAUGAUCAUCUCACGCCGUCACAGAGAGCAGAUGUGGCCACUUUGCAGCAGCGUUUUGCUGACGUGUUCUCCCCCCUGCCAGGCCGCACGAACCUCACCCAGCAUCACAUAGAAACCAGCCCAGGCGUGACGGUGAGAUCUCGGCCCUAUAGGCUACCCGAACACAAGCGCAAAGUAGUUCGGGAGGAAUUAAAGGGCGUUUUAGAUUUUCCUAUUGGCAGGGAGAACCACGAAUAUAACAAUUAUACUCUGAUACCAGAGGGAACAGAGCGGUCCACUUAUGAACAGUACAGUACUGAUGCACCAGAACGGAGGAUUGCUGGCAACAACCAAGAUCUGCAAACCUUUGAUGAAACCCAUCACGCACAUUCCAGCCAGGAGUGUAAUACUGUUUCAGGUUACAGUUUGCCUGAGCAUUCUCAAUUCAAUGCUUCUUUCAACGGUGAAAACCGUUCUUGCUGGACACACGCUCAUGCUUCCAGUUCCAUGUUCUCUUUGCCUUACUCAUUGUAUACAGACCACUCCCACCCCUCAAUUUCUUCCGCAGACUCUGAAUUACGCCACUGUAUCUACCACUCCCAUGAACAUGUCUAUAAGAAUCCAGACCUCUCCUUGAGCGAAUGUCAGUUUAGCUCAAACACUGGCCCGGGUUGCUGGCAAACAGUCGAAAUGUCACGCCGUAGUGGUAAAUUAAAAGCUAAAAAAAAGAAAAAGCUAUUACUGUCAAUGAGAUGUAGUGAAAGGAUACUAAAACAAAACUAACAAGUGACCUUCCGAAGAUGAUGGAGCCUCCGCAUGGCAUGAAACACUAAGAGGUUGAUUAAAAAAAUAGUGCUGACAUUGCACUUCAUAAUAGCACUAUUAACCAGUCAUUUUAAACAUUUAUCUAAUUCCUUUACUGAAUAAAGACAUUUGAAAAAACAAGUGCAUUUGU